UUUGUUAGCUGGCCAUCAUCACUCCCAGAACAUCCCAAAGGGGCUUUUCCAGGAGGCAAUUGGACUUUGAUUUCUGUUUUUUGUUUUUUUCUUUGAAGAACUUUCGCUUCUCAUCCAACCAUGAACUGGAUGACCCAGGAUCUGUGCAGACUCAAUACCCUUCCUCAGAAGCAUCCCGGCUUGAGAUCAUCCAAAAUAAAAAUAUCAAUCAAUCACUUGUCAUUAACUUCCCUUUCUGAGAAAACUCCCCCCCCCCACCACCACCUCUUUUUGCUUCCUAACAACAGCUGGCUGUUGGGGAUCACCGAGGGCGCCCGUGGUCAAAGGCUUCAAAUGCUGCGGAACGAGUUCCUCUAUCCCAGGACCGGCGCUCACACAAUCAGCGGGGAGGGGUUUGUCAACUCCUCCCGCUGGGCGCUUAAGGUUUCAAGCGCGGUUGUUGAUCAGCAGUUCGCGUGAACGCCUCCAAGGGCAGUCCCCACCUCGGUCGUCGCAGCUGGCAGAGCGGAUCAUGUUAGCAGCCUGUUACCUGAACUUCUUCGUCUUGGGACUCAGCGCCGUGGGGAACCAAGUCGUCGCCCUGGGCGGACAUAUUCAACAGAUCUCUAGGCAUUCCACAUAUGAGAUUAUAAUUCCUAGAAGAUUAAUAGACAGGGAGAAGCGCUGGACGCAUUUUAAUGAGGAACACUUAGAUGAUCAGCUAUCUUACUUGAUCCAAACUGGAAAUGGAACACACAUUCUGAAAUUAAAGAAAAAUAAAAACCUUCUUGGGGAAAAGUUUACAAUAUAUACUUAUAACCAAGAGGGAAAGCUGGAGAGUACUCCUGUGGAAACUCAGACCCACUGUUACUACCAUGGAAAUGUUGAAGGCGUUCCAGAUUCUCUGCUUGCUCUCAGUACCUGUGAUGGCCUUAGGGGAAUCCUCUAUAUUGGUGACAAGCAAUAUGGCAUGGAGCCAGUUAAAGGAUCAAAUAAAUUUGAACACUUUCUUUAUGUAUUAGAUAAAUCUCAUGAACCUUUUUCCUGUGGUGUACAAAAUGAUGACCAAUAUCAUGAACCUAUUUUGAAAUACUCUAAUAUAUCACAUUAUCCUUUCAGUAAGGAUACACAUCGAAGGAAAAGAAGAAAUGUGCUGCCAGAGAAACGAUACGUCGAACUCUAUAUGGUUGUUGAUAAGAACAGGUAUUUAAUCAAAAGAACUAUUGAAGCUGUGCAGAAGGAAACAGUUGAAUUGAUUAAUUAUGUAGAUGGGAUGUUCAGUCCCUUAAACAUACAAAUUGUCCUAAUUGGAUUGGAAAUAUGGACAAAUGGAAACCAGAUUCAGGUGGAUGGUGAUUCAGCUGGAGAUGUGUUGGGCAAAUUUGUGACUUGGAGGAAAGAAAAUCUUAUUAAGAGAUCAAGAAAUGAUAUUGGUCACCUCAUCGUAGGGAGAAGGUCAUAUGGUACUGCUAUUGGAAUGGCUUUUGUUAGCACAGUCUGUAGUGCAGAUCAUGGAGGUUCUAUCAGUACGUACGAUCAUCAGUCUCCCAUGAAUCACGCUACAGUGGUUGCACAUGAGUUGGGACAUAAUCUCGGUAUGAAGCAUGAUAAUGGAAGAUGUGCAAAUACCUAUAUAAUGCACAAUACAGAUAACGGGUCCAGGAACUUCAGCAGCUGCAGCUCUAGUGAUUUUGAGCAACUUAUCUUGAAGGGUGGAGGAAGCUGUCUGAGAAAUUCUCCCAAGCCGAGCGAUAUCUUCACAGAACCCAUGUGUGGCAAUAACAUUGUGGAUAGGAAUGAAGAAUGUGAUUGUGGCACUCCAAAAGAAUGUACCAAUCCCUGUUGUGAUGCUGCCAGCUGCAAGCUAACACGUGGAUCAACAUGCGCUGAAGGAUUGUGCUGUGAAAAGUGUCAGUUCAAGGUAGCAGGAGUGGAGUGUCGGCCAAAAUCAAAUACCUGUGAUCUCCCUGAAUAUUGCAAUGGGACCUAUUAUGACUGUCCGGAAGAUGUGUAUGUCAUGGAUGGCUACCCUUGUAAUAAUAUGAAAGAUUACUGUUACAGUGGAAUUUGUGAGAGUUACGAUUCUCAGUGUGAAUCCCUCUUUGGAAAAGGAGCAAAGAAAGGACCAAAUGUUUGCUUUGAAAGAGCCAAUAGCAAAGGAGACAGAUUUGGCAAUUGCGGAAUGAAAGGGUCAUAUUUUGUAAGAUGUUCUCAAGCCAACAGUUUAUGUGGCAAGAUUCAUUGUACAUCUUUCAAGCAAGAGAAUCUCCCGUCCGAGUUGUAUUUCCAGACUCAAGAUGGAAUUUCAUGUGUAACCACUGAAUUUGAUCUAGGAUCAGAUAUUCCCGAUCCAGCACUGGUUAAUAAAGGCACUUCUUGUGCUGAAGGAAAAGCUUGUAUUGAUUAUACGUGCGCAAAUGCAAGUUUGCUGGGUUACAACUGUGACAUACAGAAAAAGUGUAAUGGUCGGGCGGUGUGUAACAACAAAGGCAAUUGCCACUGUGAUCCUGGAUGGGCACCUCCUUUUUGUCAUGAGUCUGGCUAUGGGGGCAGCAUAGAUAGUGGCCCAACACAUAUAGAUACAUCCCUUCGAGAUGGUCUUCUUAUAUUUUUUUUACUUGUGUUGCCUAUAUUAAUUCUACUUGCAAUUGCAUUUGUCAAGAGGAAAGAAAUUAAAAGGCGUCUCUUCAGAGAACGUAGAAGACAUCAAAGGACUGAAAAUGCACAGCAGAGAAGACCAUUACCUACAAACCAGAAUAACAAUCCGCGUGAACCAAAUCCACAAGAGGAAAAAAAUAGAAGGCCGCCUACUUCAAAUUCGGGAAUCUUUACAAUAUCUCACUUUCCAACUUCAAGGCCACCAGUACAAAAUCAAUUUGUUCCACCUCAACAACGGCCUCCCGUACGACCACCAAUGUCACAAAGACCUCCUGUACGACCACCAAUUCCACAACAUCCUCCUUUAAGACCACCAAUUCCACAACAUCCUCCAUUAAGACCACCUAUUCCACGGAACACACCUUUAAGACCACCAAUCCCACAAAAACCUGUCUUCUCUCCUCCAUCUUGAGGACUUAUAUAACGACACGUACUCUAUGCCACUAGGAAAAAUAUCGUAUUAGUGAAAUGAAUUAAAAUUUUAUU